UUUUUUUUCAGGGGCCAUUUUGUGCCUAAAGGACUCCAUUGCGGUAGGAAAAUAGCAGAAAGAUGUCUGUGGAAUAAACUGCAGAUCAUUUUGUGGAUGGAUGUGUUAGAGAUCAGACUCAUCUGAUCCACCUUUGCAGCUCCAAUAUGGACGACGCACAGACAUACAGUGAUGGAUACUUUUGUCCAGGAAUCAGUUCAGUCCAGCAGAAGAGAACAGGAUCAGCAGAGCCCAGCUGUGUGUCUAUGAAGAGUGAUCAGUCUAUGGAUCCACCACUGCGUUUUAAUGAUGGAAACACAUUAUCUGGCUGCAAGUCCAAUAUUUAUGCAAACACAUGUUCAGUCAAGCCUAUGAGAACAGAAUCAGCAGAGCACAGCUGUGUGUCAAUGAAGAGCGAUCAGUCUAUGAAUCCACCACUGUUUUUUAAUGACGGAAACACAUCUGGCAGCAGAAAGAGAAAACACAGCAUGAAGGAGAAUCUACCAAAACCCAGCCAUGUGCCUGUGAAGAGAGACUGUUCAGUGGAUCAGCCAAUACUUUCCAGUGGUGGAAACACUGCCCGCCGUGUUGUCGUAGCACAUCCACACAGGAGAACAGAUACAUCAACUGUUUUCAGCCAUGAAGUCCUCAGCACAUUUAGAUCAAAUCUGAUGAAGAAGUUUGAGUGUCUGUAUGAGGGAACAGCAAAGCAGGGAAACCCAACACUCCUGAAUGAGAUCUACACAGAGCUCUACAUCACAGAGAGUGAGAGUGGAGAGAUCAGUAAUGACCACGAGGUGAGACAGAUUGAGACACAAUCCAGGAGAGCAGCAACAGAGGACACACCGAUCAAAUGCAGUGACAUCUUUAGAGCUUUACCUGGACAAGACAAAGCCAUCAGAGCUGUGCUGACAAAGGGAGUCGCUGGCAUUGGAAAAACAGUCUCUGUGCAGAAGUUCAUCCUGGACUGGGCUGAAGAGAAAGAGAAUCAGGAUAUCCAGCUCAUAUUUCCACUUCCUUUCAGAGAGCUCAACUUGAUGAAGAACAAAACACUCCGUCUUUCAGAUCUUCUUCAUAUCUUUUUCCCUGAAACAAAAGGGAAAGAGAAUCAGGACGUCCAGCUCAUAUUUCCUCUUCCUUUCAGAGAGCUCAAUCUGAUGAAGGGCAAAACACUCUUUUUCAGUCUUUCAGAUCUUCUUCAGGACUCUCAGUAUUUAGACGUCAGUCCAGUUUCCUCAGAAUCAGCUGCUACAGAGACACACAGUCACACGAUCAACAGAGACUCAAGACACAGAGACACACAGUGA